AGUGAAAUCGUCUCAAAACUUUUAAAAACACGCAUAAACUACUUGUUUAUGUUGUUUUGUCUAAGUGCCACAAAAUAUAGUAAUUGUUUAUACUUUUAGAUAUGUUAUUUAUUUCUACUUUUUUCAUACGUAUGUAGUUUGAAUUAAUUGGUAUUGAUUGACACAUAAAUGUAAUUUCCAUUGUUUCAUCACGUUUGACAUACAUGUUUUAUGACAUUAACGUUUACCGAUGUGUUUGUACACACGUGUGCAAAUCACCGUGAUGACGUUCGUUACCAACAUUAGCUGUCAUAAGUGAUACAGUGGUGUAGGUGGGCUGUACGUGUAUAUUGUUUCUUUCAGUGAGAUAACAGCUUACACAAGUUCUUUUCAUGUGACACGUUCCUAAGCAACUUUUAUGCUCAGCUGCUAUUGGUCGUGCUGUAGUUGACGUUUCAACUGACUGCCUUAGUAGCUGAAUUAAAAAAGUAGGAUCAUACAACUAACUAACUAACUCAUCGUAUAGUUAAACUGUCUGCCAGGUUUGUUGUUUGUUUAAAAUCACCAGAAGUUGGAAACCCGAACAGAUUAACGAACCACUACUGGUAAAAUAGGAUUUUAAAAGAGAAAGCAAAAUUUUUAUGGCAGGUCCAUACACUGGAAUCGACAUGGCACAUUACGAUAAGGAAGAGCGCAGAAACCAACAGUCAAGUGGAUACAGUGUAAAUGCUGACUCUGGUGACAGCGGGGGAAUUUGUGCCUAUCUUCUGACUGGAAUAUCUAUUUUAUUGAUAAUAUGCACUUUUCCCUUCUCAUUGUUAUUCUGUAUCAAGGUGGUCCAGGAAUACGAAAGGGCCGUGAUAUUUCGUUUGGGUAGAUUACUGCUUGGUGGAGCCAAAGGUCCUGGGAUUUUCUUCAUUGUCCCUUGUAUUGAUACCUACUGUAAAAUUGACCUGAGAACUGUAUCUUUCGAUGUGCCACCACAAGAGAUCUUAUCCAAAGACUCGGUAACAGUGGCGGUUGAUGCGGUAGUUUACUAUCGUAUUAGCAAUGCUACUAUUUCCGUUACGAACGUGGAAGACUACGGUCGUUCAACACGUCUCCUAGCGGCAACCACUCUCAGGAAUGUUCUGGGAACGAAAAAUUUAUCUGAAAUACUAUCGGAGAGGGAGAGUAUUAGUCAUGUGAUGCAAGCAAGCCUGGACGAAGGUACUGACCCAUGGGGAGUCAAAGUUGAAAGAGUGGAAAUUAAAGACGUCCGACUUCCAAUACAACUACAACGUGCAAUGGCAGCUGAGGCAGAAGCCUCCAGAGAAGCUCGAGCAAAAUUGAUUGCUGCUGAGGGUGAACAGAAAGCUUCCAGAGCUCUGAGAGAGGCAUCUGAGGUGCUUUCCGAUUCUCCAGCUGCUCUCCAGCUUCGUUAUCUCCAGACUCUGAACUCCAUCGCUGCCGAGAAGAACUCAACCAUCGUCUUCCCUAUUCCCUUGGAACUCUUCAAGGGAUUCUCUAAGAGGAUGAAAGAGUGAAAGAUUCCAGAAUAGUGGAGCAUUAAACUAUUUGCCACAACGAAUACAAAGGCCACUUUGAUCUACGUGACAUCCCUUAUUGUGAAUAAUUUUGUACGCAAGUUAAAAAAUUGAGAAUAUCAUUCAAUGUUUGUUUCUUACAAAACACUUUUAUGAUAGGGUUUAUAAUUUUCCAUCCUAAAAUUUAUACUUCAGUUGUUAAAGAAAACAAUAUUACUCGUUUUGAACAGUGUCAUUACCAACGCUGUCAAAAAAAAAACAACAACAAAAGAAAAACUAAUACUUUUAAUAAGAACAGGAAGUCGCUAAAGGUAUGUUGUUAUCGUUACACAUUUUUCUGGGCCCUUUCUCUCAAGUCUUACUCUUACUUUAACUCUAACCAGAUUUCUCAGUCUCAUAUAACAAAGGUCAACCCCGAAAAAUCGUUUAUAGUUAUUGAUUUUUUUACGUCAUUUCACAACUUUUUAUUUUAUUAUGUGCAUAUAAUAGAUACUAGGUAGCGCACCAAUAAUUUUAUGGAUCUUUUGAUUAAUGACGUAUAAAUAUGUUGUAUUGUCGAACCUGAUCGCAACACUUUUAUCCUGGGAGAUACAAAAUUCUGCGUUGCCAUCUUAUUUAUCUUAAUAGCUAUUUCACUGUCCACGAGUUAUGUAAGUCAGCUGUUGUAAAUUAUUUUGUCAGUUCUAGUGUUUUUGGCAUUGAAUGCUUAAAAAAGGGAACUUAAUAAAUAAAAAGAGUAUUUUUUCUUUCUUUUGUAAACGCUGUUUCACACUAUUCAAACUUGGUUACUAUUUACUUUAAAUUGUUGAAAUACUGUAUUGGUAAGUGUAAUCGUGAUCAACUUAACCUAUUCUAAUAUAGACCAGGUUGUUAUUAAUAAACUUUUUUGAGGAAUGGUAAAGAUCUUGAAGUAAUUAUUUACGUGGCUGCAUGUAUUUCAUGUUUUAAAUAAAAACAAAAUCAUCGCUAAGGUAAUUUGUGAAAUUCAUGAAAUUUGUUCAAAAUGGAUAUUUUGAUAUGGCCUCUGAAAUCACACUAAAAUAUAUUUUAAUCUUCCAAAUUUUGUAUGAAGAUUUCGUGAACCAAUCGUAAUUUUUGAGAACAGUGCUUUCAAAUAUUGUAACUAUAUUGUGACAUAUGGAAAGGGCCAGUCAGAGGUUAGAGAGAGCCCAGUGCAAACUUAAAAUAUGGAUGCCCCUCCUAAAAUAACGUAUAUAUAUUGUAUGAAAUUGUUCUGAAAGUUAGUUAAUUAAUUAACAUGUUCAAUAAUGCCAAUCAAAUGAUUUUUCACUUGAAAAUAAAGGUAAGUUUACAAAUUUCAAGAGAAAAGUAUCUCCGAGCUGGUACCUUACCGAAUGCUAACUGUCUACAGUUUUAAAAAAUAUUUUUCAUCUUUAUUUAAUUCAUGUUCAUUUUGUUUUCUUCGAAUUUUUUUUCUGGCUCGUAUUUUAUUUACUUGAUCUUUUGUUAAACAAUAAUUUGCAUUUUCGGAGAGACUCUUCUGAAUUUGGGAUCCGGGACAAAAUUCAAAAUACUCCAAAUGUCCUCUGCCAUCUGGGCGGCCCUGCUUAAGGAAAACUUGCCAUAUUGAUUCAGAAUUAUUCUGUGAUCAACAAAAGUUGUAAUGUCAGUGCGUUUUUAUAUCACUUUGAAACUCUGUAUUGACACUUUUUCUUCACAAUUAAGACACUCUCCAUAUGUCAUACUAUAGCACUAAAACCAACUAUUUAAAACUAGUCACCAUUCUGGAGUAGUUCUAAGUUAGUGGUUAAUAAGCUUUUGUAAUAAUAAUAAUGUCGAGUGCUACAUUUUUAUCAAAACAAUUAUAUUUCAGUUAAAUACAUAUUAUUGGAAUUCAAAAAUAUUUGCACCAGAACAAAGUUUAGUCUUUUUUAUUGAUACCUUUUCAUAAAACUUGGCAGGCGUAUGUGCCAUAAUAAAAUAUCGAAUUUAAAAAAUCUUCGUACUGGAUUAUAAAAUCAUAUUAUAUGUUGAAAUCUGUAAAUUUCAUACUGUUUUAGAGAUGAAGCCACUUCUAUAUUUAAAGAUGAGCUUCUCACUGAAUGGCUGUUUCUUUAUUCGAGAGGAUGUGCAUACAAAUAUCGUUCUUAGUGCAUUGUUACGUUCUUGUAUCCAUUACUUUAAGUAACGCCUAUGCUCAACAGGUAGUUCAAAUAACAAAGUCCAUACGAAACGCUUUUGCACUUUUUGACGACCAAGAGCUUAGCUCUAUAAUAACCGUGGUUCGGCGUGUUUUUUACUGUACUAACUGUAAGGUUUAUUAAAUGUUUGUUUGAUUUACUCGGUGUCCAAAUAUUGAAGAUAUGAUUACACAGAAAUGUGUGUGUGUUAAUUAUAAUUAUUUCAAUUUUAUUGAAUGUGUUCAUCGGGAAAUAGCAUCAGUUUUGUACCGAGCGUGGCAGGAAAAUAAAUGUGAUGUUAAAAAAAA